AUACAUGUGGGGGAAUUGUCGUUAUUUUACCUCCGCAUAUGGUUCGUCUUCUCCUGCGACUUCCUGCCAGACUUCCAUUCCCCAACGCACAAAAUUCAUGUCGUUGUUGCCACCCACAGUAACGGUCAUGUAUGUCAUGGCGGUGACCGUGUUUCUUUCCGUGGUUGGGCUGGCGUGGCUUACGCUGGCCAUGCGGAAGCAAGAACAAUCCAAGUGGCUGCGCACGGCAGCCAUUGGCAUUCAUGUGGUGUACGACAUCAUGUACUCCAUGUGCUACGUUGCGUUUUUUGACUACUUCACCUUCAUGGCGGACUGCGACUUCCUACACAGCAAGAAACACAUGUAUUUCCAAGACGUAGACUGCCUGGCGAUGCCCCACCUCCUACACAUGCUUGUAUCGCUGGGCACAGCUUUGCUGUUUCUGUGCGUGACGGCGCUGAUGGUAGUGGCCUCGUGCAACCUGGACCCCGUGUCCAAGGGAUACCUCUCUUCACCGGCAGCAUAUGCGCGACUGCGGAUCCUCAUCGCCAAGGCCGUGUUUGUUGUGCUCGCCAACUGCGUCGAUAGCAACCCCAAACCACAGAGCAUCGGCAUGCUUAUUGCAGUGGCACUCAUUUGCUACUGGAACCUUAGGGAGAUGCCAUUCUACCGGCGUGUUGUCAACGUGGUUUGGACUGCUCUGUGGUGCGGCGUGUUGUACCCGGUUGUGCUGCUGAUGAUGCUGGCCUACACGAAGGACACGACAGACCAGUACCGCAAAGUCAUGACAAAGAACGUGUUGUAUGGCAUCUUCCCGGUCAUCCUGGGAUCCUUAUGCCUCUGCUACAUCAUCGUGCGGCUGUCCUCCCGCCCCGCGCGCAAGUUCGUUGGACUGCCCCCGGAUGCGAAGUUGCGGAAGAUCCAUCGCUUUGAGUCGGUGCAUGAGGUGGAGCGGCUGGCUCGGGUGAUGCGGCGGUUUGACAUUGACGGGGUGGUGGACGAGACGUCCGCGGCGCUGGGUGAGACCAUCAUCAAGGCCGGCAUGCAGGUGUUCCCCAACUCGCCGCACCUGCUCAUCCUCUACGCCAACUUCAUGCUGGAGGUGCGCAAGGACGGCCCCGCGGCGCGCACGCAGCUGCAGCUGGCGGGCAAGCAGGCGCCGGGCCUGGUGGAGAAGUAUCAGAUCUUUUGCACGAACGAGGCCUCGAAGCGCCUCAAGGACAGCCAGGAGGGCGGCAUGGACCUCCAGGCCUACAUCGAGUUCAAGAGGAACUUCAGAGCCGUGCUGCGGGUGCACCGGGAGGUAUUGGCGCUGCAGGCGGAGCUCUGGCAGAUGUGCAUGCGCUCCUCGCUCCGGGUGGCGCAGGUGGAUGAUGCGCUAGAGGAGUUGGAUGCGGCCGCGGCCAGGGCGCACCAGGUGUACAAGAGGGUUUUGGAGCGCUACCCAACCAACGGCAAGCUCUUGCGCUGCUACGGCAAGUUUCUGGAAGACGUGCGGCAUGACCAGAUUGCGGCUGCUCGCGCCUACGCCGAGGCCAGCCGCAGUGUCGGCAAUGCGCUGCUUUCCCUGGACCUGGCUGGUGGGGCCGAGGCAGGAGCGGACGUGGGCGGUCCCAAGCGGCCCGAGUUUGUGACGUCCAUGUCUCUUGAGGACGAUGCAGUGGUGGUGAUUGACGCGGAGGGAACCAUCAUGAUGGUCAGCCAGGCGGUUCAGUCUGUGUUUGGCUACUCCAAGAGCGAGCUGGAGGGCGCCAACGUGAGCGUGCUGAUGCCCCAGCCCUUCUGUCAGCGCCACCCUGGCUACAUGCAGCGCUACGUCAGCAGCGGGGAGCCGCACAUCCU